CAAUAUUGUUCCGGAAUAUUCUCGAAUGAUUUACGCGUGAUCUGUCGACGGUCACGGAAAGCUCACUAAGCUCUUGUCAUGAUCAUGUUGAACUUCCCUCAGCUAGAUUUCGAAUUCAUGGUGAUCUUACACCUUUCAUUCCAACCAUCAUCAUAUUAUGGCUGCUACUACAGAAACUAAAACUGCUGGCACCCUCGGUAUCCCAAUCGAAGUAUCAUCUGUCUCCGAAUGGAACUCCAUCCUUCGCAACGCCUACGCAAAUAACCAAACCGUCAUCGCAGAUUUUCAUGCUGAAUGGUGUCAGCCAUGUAAAGUUAUUGCACCAGUAUACGCCAACCUCGCUUCUCAGCAGCCUUUUACUUACUUCCUCCGUGUCGAUGUCGACGGAAAUCGUACUCGCCCUAUCGCGGCAAAGUAUUCGAUCUCUGCAAUGCCUACAUUCGUAGUCAUUAAACGCCCGCCUGGAGAAGAAGGAGCCGCAAGCGCUACAGGAAAGGGCGUAGUGGUCGAGAAACUGCAGGGAGCUGAUCCACAGGGUUUGGCGAGGAUAACGAACACUCACGCUAGUCGAGCAUAUGCUCCGCCUUCGGCUUCACGAACACCAGCCGCGGAGAAGGCGAAGAACCUUGGUAAUGACCUUUUCAAGAAACGGCAAUAUGCUGCUGCUGUGGAGGAAUACUCCAAAGCCAUCGCGUUAUCCCCAGACUCUGGUGUUCUCUACGCUAAUCGCGCGUUAGGAUAUUACAAAUGGAUUCAGUCCAAAAGAGAAGGGGCGGACUCUGCUGAGGCAAGGAAUGCUUUGAGGGUCACAAAUAUGGAAGAGAGAUGGGGCAAGGGAUGGGUGAGGCUGGCCGAAGCUCUCUUGGAAAGUGGCUGUGAAGAGUCUCUAGAAAAUGUAGCAGAAGAUAAAAGGUCAGAAGGGAGGAGGGUUUCCCUGGAAGGCGCUGAGGAGGCAUUGACAAACGCGAUCCAACUGUCUGAAGGCAAGGUUAAAAUUGAUCUCCUCGCAGCCAAGUAUCUUUUCCCGAAAACCUCUUCAAUCGCUGUCACUAUGACUGUCAUCCGAAUCAACUAGCUGGGUAUGGAGAGCAUCGGGCCAUCGAGGAAUUCCCCAGUCUCUCCA